AUGCGUUACGCUGCCCCUUCCACCAUCUCCAGCCGGUCCCUUUCCGCCAGCCAAAAAACCAGAUCGCACGCACGGGACUCACGUCGUGAAGUCCUUGCUAGAACCCCAGACAACCAAUCCAAUGGGGUCCUUGCUUCUGUCGUCUCCAGCCGCCGUCUGCGUGCUCAGGCAACUAGCGCGAACUUGUUGACGGUGGUAGCUCCCAUUGUCGCCAGCUCGAAUACUCCACCCAAGCAUACCGACACCACUCACUUGAUGAACGACUCACUUCCAUUCGGGCAAGUUUCGUUCUGUGAGUGGUACGAGACAUUGACGCUUGAAAAGCGCAGGGCGCUCAUGAUGGCCAUGAUCGAGGUGUGCAAGGAGCGCGGAGCAGCCUCUGCUCCGAACGGCAGAGGCAAGACGUCCAGUCCCGACUCUGCGUCCGUCGAUCCCAACGACAUCGCAUUCCAAUGGCGUGUCGAAGGAGAUGGAGAGGACUUGGUCUUGCAGUUCUCCAAAUGGUAUGUCGCUCUCGACGAGGUCGAGCAGGACACAGCGCUAGCCUACUCUGGCCUUGCAGACGGCGAGAAGAUUGCGGAUCUCCCAACCGAGGAAGAGGUGAAGAACGUGAACAAGCGGAACGGACCGGUCGCCGAACCGCUCGCGAAAGUGCCCAGCUUUGUCGAAGGAAGCUCUAACAGAUCCACACCUCGAGACGCAGCCAACGACCCGACAAGCAUCGCAGCGAAGGGAAAGACGAGGCGUCUCACGCGCGAAGCUUCAUCUGAGGUUUUCGCUUGGGCACAAUCCUUCGCUCAACGCGAACGACUCGUCGUCCCAAAUGUUCCAGUUACGCAGCCCGUCCACGCUCUAGCAGUCGUUUCAAAGAAGAAGGCAAUCAUGGUCCCGCAGUCAGACUAUCCCAUGGUAGACUUCCCGUUGCCUAAACCUCCCAAGCGAGGAUAUCGAGCGAAGCUCACUCGGAACGGUACUCUUAUUCUGGACAACCGGGGUAAGCCCAAAUUCGAGAAAAUCCCCGCAGACGUUCUCUAUCCACAAAAAGAGAGAGCUCAACCGAACUGA